UGCCUAUUCUGGCAGUGGCAUGGUUGGAUUUUCAAAACCUAAUAAAGAGGCAAAGCCUUAGGAGAUAUUGACCAUAUUUGUAGGGUCCCAAAUCUAUCCAAUGCCUCAAGCCAGUACCUAACCUGACGACCAUCUCUCUCCUUCUCUUGCUCUCGCAUGGCCCCCUCCCAUUCUGGUUCAUCAACGUCCAUUGAUGGGAGAGUCCAGACCUCGAACCAGCGCCGCUACCUCCAACGAUAUCGAACCUCCGACACCAACAACCCCUAAAACGCCAAGGGCUCCUUCAACACCACGCCAACCGGUCUCCCUUGUCCAGCCAUCCCAGAAGCACAAGAAACAUAAGCCGAGAGUCCUUCGUGUCUUUCGAUCCGUUUUUCGUUCAUUCCCUAUCAUUACCCCAGCAUGCAAGUUCCCAAGCCUCCCUGGCGGGAUACCAGACCCUCAUAAAAGCAUUACAUCGGGGACCCGAGUGACGGGAACUUUAUUCGGGUAUCGUAAAGGUAGGGUAAGUCUUUCCGUGCAAGAGACCCCUAGGUGCCUCCCUUCUUUAGUUGUUGAGUUAGCCAUGCAAACAAAUGCGCUACAAAAGGAAUUGGGUGCAGGGAUGGUAAGGAUUGCCCUGGAAUGUGAAAAGAGAGCUGAAAAAGACAGGAUAAAGCUAUUCGAAGAGCCUUUGUGGACAAUGUAUUGUAAUGGGAAAAAAGCAGGGUACGGGGUUAAGCGGGAUGCGACGGAGGAGGAUUUGAACGUGAUGGAACUCCUCAAGGCGGUGUCAAUGGGGGCCGGGGUGUUGCCAGGGAAUUCUGAGACUGAGGGCAUAGAUGGAGAGUUGGCCUACAUGAGGGCCUAUUUCGAGCGUGUUGUUGGCUCCAAGGAUUCCGAGACUUUGUACAUGAUAAGCCCGGAUGGGAAUAAUGGGCCUGAGCUCAGUGUAUUUCUCGUCAGGAUCUGAUUCUGAUCCAGUUAGUACACGUAAAAAAUGUGAGAGUUGAUUAAGAGGUUGACGAGGCUGCCACGUGGAGGAUAUAGGCAUGCAUCAUGGGGUCCGCUGAUUAACGUUGAUGAUGUUGAUCGAUGAAUGUAUAUCCUCCCUGGUGAGUGAAAGGUUGAUAGAGAUCUUAGAUGCAAGUUGGGUAGAGAGUCAAGUUAUUAAGUGGAUUGUUUAGGACAACCCCAUAAUUAAGGUGUUCUGGGAGGCCACCAAGGCACUAUUGUAUACAUUUUCUUUUUUCAUUUUUCUUUCUAACGAGGGAUUUUCUUUUUCAUUUUUCAUUUUUCAUCAAUGUAUUGUACACAAUUGUAGCUUCUUUUUAACGGAAGGACCAAAUCAAAGAAAUUAAAAGGAUUGUUAACCA